GAUCACAGGUACCGCUUAUUGCUACUGAACAACGCUUUGAGCGAAUACCCUUGUUACUUUCAAAAUAUAAUUCUCAGAACAUGGACUAUAACAUCAUUUUAUAUUCAUAUUGCAAAAAUAUAUACCUAGUCGGUUCUGGUAAUUUUUGGUCUAAUGAAAAUGAGGUAGGAGACGAUAAUAGUAUUUCUUACAGAUUGUAUAGCCUCAGUCUAUUUUCCAUCUAUAUAGUCAUGACGAUAUUAGAAAUCAUAGCGGUGUUGUAUGGCAAUUUUCCGGAAGACGAAUCCAGCGAUGCUCUGACAUUCGCCGUGAGUCACACUAUAGUCUUAAUAAAGAUGUUCUCAGUGAUAUCUAACAAGAAACUGGUGAGAUCUAUGAACGAAUCUAUGAUAAAGGUGUGCAAGAAACACGAACAGAACGAAUUGGUGUUGGAAAUGUACAGAACAGUGAAGAUCAAUGUCAUCGGCUAUUUUGUAACUGUCUACGGCGCUUCUGUCUUCUACGUUUUUGAAGGCUUGAGAAAAAUGUAUUCAGGCUCCCAUUUCGUGACAAUUGUAACUUACUACCCGAGUUUUGAAGACAAUUCCAUGGUAGCGACAUUGUUCAGAGUGUUCACAACGGCUGUCUUGUUCAUGAUGAUGAUGACAAUGAUCGUGUCGGUGGACUCCUUCACAAUGGCGUAUCUCAUCAUGUUGAAGUACAAGUUUAAAACUCUGAGACAUUAUUUCGAGAGAUUACGUUUGGAUUUUGAUAAAAUUAACAAAUCUGGUGAUCAAAGAUUGGCCGCAGAGAAGUUGACUGAUGGUCUCGUAGAAGGAAUCGUGAUGCAUCAAAAGCUUCUAAAAUUGGGAAAAAAUAUAGACCAAGCGUUUGGUACGGUUAUAGCAAUGCAGCUUAUCCUUUCUUCUGGAUCAGCUGUAUCGCUUCUGCUGCAAAUUGCCCUCUCGGACCAGCUGACUUUUAUCGCGAGCAUGAAAAUAAUAUUCUUUGUUGCCGCAUUGUUCUUCCUAUUAGGACUUUUUCUUUGCAACGCCGGAGAAAUAACUUAUCAGGCCUCGCUGUUAUCAGAAGCGAUAUUCCAUUGCGGCUGGCACGCGUGCCCCCCGCUGCCCCCGCCUCACCGCAACCACCAGCAUCUGGUGCGCCAUGCGUGCGCGCAGGCCUUGCAACCACCAAUCAUGAAGGCGUUCAAAAUGAUAGAGCUUACGUAUAGCACUUUCUUGACGGUGCUGAGAUCAACAUAUUCAGUUUUUGCUUUGUUUUAUGCACAAAAAAAGUAGUGAUUAUAAUGCAUUUCUUUAGCGUAGAGUUUCUUGCUUUGCUAAUUUACUUAAGUAUUUAUUUAAUAAGUAAAUUUUA